AGUCAGUAAGCCUGACACUCGAUAUCAAAUCCGUAUGUCCGCCAUCCAGUAUUCUCAACGCGAAAAUCACCUCACAGAUCUUCUGUCGCCGUUCAGUAGCGAUCCACGUCGUCGAACGGUUCGGGUGGUGGAUGAUCCGCGAGCCGGUGCGCUACUCGAAAACGAAUCCGAAAUACGGGUAGAUUCGCCCGAUUUAGCCCUAUUCUAUUUGAAUACUGUAGCUGAUCACAGGAUUGUUGGCGGUCGCCGACGAUUGGCGAUUGUCGAUUUGGGUCUCGGCGAACGAAAUUCUCAUCGAGGCGAGCUGACUAUGCCGGCCAUAGGAAGUAUUCUGUUGGCUCUGGUCCAAGGUCAAAAACAUCUGCUACGGCCAGUACCACCCAAAAGAAAUAAAGCCUCAAAUUCACAACUAUUUCUCUACGUGGAAGGGAAUGGUCAUACACCGUUUCUGUCACCCUCAUUGCGCCUAUACGACGAUUUGUGUUCGCCUCCUGGAACAUCUGGCGAUGGAUCGACAACGACGCACGAUCUUGCUGUGUUUGGAGGUUUCUGUAGCCAGAAUCGCAACGACUUCGGUGUCACCAUUGCGAGCCCAAAGAGAUCAAAGAGCUGUAACCUGGACGAUGACAAGCGACAAGCGAUCAUGCAAUGGGUGGACACGUGCGAACCGUUACUGUCACCCGAUGAUGAUGAAAUGAACAAUGAUCGACCACGGGAGAUUCUAUCGCAUCCACUGGAGGACAUUAUCGAGCAGGACGAGGAGUCUAUGAGGGACUCUAUAAGAUCGAAACACGACACGGAUUCACAUCCAUUGAGCAUUUUGAGCAGAGAAGAUAUUGAGAAGAUCAUGAGCACAGAAGGAACGCCACAAAAGGAAGCAUCGCUGACGGCUACAGCUACCUCAACGGCAACACCAAGUGAGAUGGACUUGUAUCGCCGUGCCAGUCAUCUCGAGAAUUACGCAGUAGAGAAACUUAAGGAAUUGGACGACGACAAGAUGAAGAAGAGAACGAAGCAAGCUGAUCUUGAACUGUUGUCAAAAUUCGAUGAUGUCGUCGGGGAGUACGGAAUUGCCGAGAAGGAGAAGGAAGAGCUAGAAAAGAGGAAGAAUGAGUUACGAAAGAGACGAGAAGAGCUGAAGCAUGAAGCAGACGAGAUACGAAGGGAGAAAGAACAGAUCGAUAAGGAACUCAAUGGCCGUUCACUGCCGCUGGCGAUCGCUCGUCAGAUCACUCAACAGCUGCAUGGAUUAACAUUGGGAUCAAAGCCGAGUCAAAAGACCAGCCGUGCGCCAUCGGAUUCACUGCCUACCACGCCCACCAUUCAUAAGAAGCAACUCGGUGCACCACCUGCGAGAACCCCGUCGUUGACAAACUGCGCUGCACCGUCAUUGCCGUCACCGUCUCAUCAUGCUAAAAAUGGAAUUAUCAAGGCGCACUGGGUCGAUGGGACACAUGUUAGGCGAUGCAGUAAGCCUCGUACGGAUCGGCGUGAACGUAAGGUGUCUGAGGAAGGUAGGAGAGAGAAGACCGCGAUCCCAUCUCCAUACUCCAAGGUCACAGAUCCGCGGCUGGUUGACGGUCCACCAAGCAGCGGCCGUGGUUCCGACGAUGCGGCGUCGCAGUGUCGCGAAAAGAAACGUCAAAGCUACUCGGCUUCCUCCGGCUACGAGUCCGCUGCUGGCGACUACCACUCGGCAUACUAUCUGUGUAAAGAUUCUCGAUUUGAUCAGCGAAAAGCCGUCGACAAGAGGCUUGGCCUAGGCCGAGAGGCAGAUACCCUCCGUGAGCAACAAAGGCGGCUAAAAAAGGAGCUCCAAGAAGCGAAAGCUGUUAUAGGGCAGAUUGAUGACGCCAGGGCCAUUUGUCACGACACCAAGACGACGGGCAUUAGUCAGGCGACACUGGUAGACACCCUGAGGCAGGAGAACCGAAUCCUCGAGAAACGACUUAUUGCGUGCCGAAAUCAUACGAUGUUUGUGACAACAUUCCUGUG